AUGAAACCAUUUCAGCCAAAAACUACCAAAGUUUCUUCUCCAAAACAAUCAACUAUUCGUUUUUUGCCGCCUUCUGAAUUUCCAUCACUUCCUUCGACACUUAGUUAUUUACCUCCAGACUGCUAUCUUGCUCGCUCUUGCUCUCAACCAAAUAAACACGAACGUACUGGUGAAACCUUAUUGGAGCGAGGACAACGACUACUUGGAUUAUGCUCUGAAAUAUCACCAUCGUCAUCGAUUAGUUCUAAUAUUUCGAAGAGUAUCGUUCGACUGAUUGAGAGACAUAUAUAUCCAACUGAUAAUCUUAAACGAGUAUUAAUUGAAGAGAUUAAAUCGUGCCUUAAUGCUAUUGAUUGUGCAAGAGAAGCAGCAGAUGACUUCUGCCGCUUCAAUGGUGAUGAAAAGCAACGAUCUGCAUCUGGUCAACCCGAACAUGUUGAAAAAGAAAAGAAGGUCAAUGAUAGUUCAUUCAACAAUUCAGAUUUAACUUUUGAUACAGUUAUGGGUGAUGAAAAUAAUAUAGUUAAAACAACUGAAGUUAUCAAAAGUACUCCAGGAACAGUUAAAAUCGAAGUUGAAAUCACAGAUGAAGAGCUUUUAGCAGUGGCUUUGAUGUUGGAAGCAGAAAUGGAAAAACAAAUAUAA